GUCACUGACUAACAAUCUGAUUCCCAAUUUCUCCAGGCAUCGGCGGCGAUACUUUAUUCUUUCCCCCUUUUCUUCUUCCGUAUAUUGGUAUGGCGGCUUCACCUAAACGCAGACCAGAGACGAGAGAAGAGAAAGUCUCCACCUUUCGCUUACCAUUUACAGGUAAAACCAAAUUCAAUCCCGCCAUUCUGGUCGAGAAGCUUUCAGGAACGAAUAGAAUUUGCUUAAGAAGCUUUUUGGGGAGUUAAGAAUGGCGCCGAAUCCGCUCGCUACCGCCGGCGACAGCACUCUCCAGGCUAUUUGCUACAAGCGCGGCUCCCUCCAGCUCCUUGACCAGCGAAAGCUUCCUCUGGAGACAAUUUACUUGGAUAUCAAAGACUCGUCCGAUGGAUGGUCGGCCAUAAGAGAUAUGGUGGUCCGAGGGGCGCCUGCUAUUGCCAUUGCAGCAGCUCUCUCACUUGCAGUGGAAGUGUCAAACUUGGUGGGGUUUACCGGGACGCCAGUCGAAGCUGCUGCUUUCCUCUCUGAGAAAUUGGGAUAUCUUGUUUCAAGCCGCCCAACUGCGGUGAAUCUAUCGGAUGCUGCGGCCAAGCUGGAGGAAGUGAUAGGAAAUGCUGCAGCACCUGCAUCUGAAGCUAGCAAUGUAUUUCAGGCUUACAUUGAAGCUGCUGAAGCCAUGCUUGAAGAAGAUGUUGCUUCAAACAAGGCAAUUGGCUCAUAUGGAGCACAGUUCAUACAGAACCAUUUGAAAGGCUGCAAGAGCUUUUCUGUUCUAACUCACUGCAACACUGGCAGUCUUGCAACAGCUGGAUAUGGCACUGCGCUGGGUGUUAUUCGUGCACUUCAUUCAGGCGGAGUGUUGGAAAGAGCUUAUUGCACUGAGACACGUCCAUUUAACCAAGGGUCUAGGCUCACAGCAUUCGAGCUGGUGCAUGAAAAAAUACCUGCUACUCUUAUAGCAGACUCCGCUGCAGCUGCACUGAUGAAAGAAGGCCGAGUUAGCGCCGUAAUUGUUGGAGCAGAUAGAGUUGCAGCAAACGGAGACACUGCCAACAAGAUUGGAACCUACAGCCUAGCUCUUUGUGCCAUGCACCAUAAAAUCCCUUUCUACGUCGCUGCACCAAUCACAUCCAUCGACCUGUCCCUCGAUUCAGGGAAGCAGAUAGUUAUAGAGGAACGGUCCCCAAAGGAACUGCUGAACUCACGGGGAGGACUCGGGGAGCAAGUUGCUGCCUCCGGGAUCUCGGUCUGGAACCCUGCUUUUGAUGUGACACCUGCAAGCUUGAUCGCUGGGAUCAUAACCGAGAAGGGUGUCAUCACAAAGGCAGACAUCGACGCAUUCGACAUAAAAGCUUUCGUGGCAAGCAAAGCAUAAUGCACCUGUUCAAAUGAGGCAGCCUAGUCAGUAGUCAUUGACUCUGUGUAAUAACAUCGCCAUCAGCGAGAUUCUCUCGAUGUGAAACUUGUGCUCUAAGGAACCAUUUUCGUGUCUGCUGCUAUCAAGAUGAGAUCAUCAUGCUCAGCUAUUCUGUUGAACUGUUGUGAACAUAUUUACAGAACAUAUGCUAUAUUUAUUUAUCAACUAUUUUGAAUAUACAAGAAAGAAAAUU